AACUAAGGACAUUGAUUUAUUUUUUCAUUUACAUGAGAAAAGACGGACUUUCCAUAUUCAUAUGUGCUGAUCAUUAUCUCAGAAGCAGGAGCAACUCCACACAGCCGUGGAGUAAUACCUGCCUGGAAGAGAAAGUAUUCACUGUCAUUUGUUUUCAGACUGAAGCACUCUAGUACCAUUUAGUGGUCAUAAUAUAACGAUGCCAUAGUGCAUCAGUGUAGAACUGGGAUUCUACCUGUCUAAAAUACUGGAAUUACUGGCUGUAGGUAUUGCUACUGUAAUAACCUUAUGCACUCACUUAAGCCAUCCUUCAUGACCUGCCUCACUGCCCCUCUGUCUCUCCAUUGUGGUGGAGAAUCUUGACCUGUGGGGCUAUUUUGCUCCAGCACAAGAAGAGGUGGCUCUGGGGGCAGAUUAUGUGCCUUCCCCUCUGUGUUAGUGCAACCCUGCUGCUUGUGUGGGACAAGCAGAGGCUUGUGACCUCGCAGGUGGAGCAACCAAGAGAUUCAGAAAGCCCUAAAUACUGAAAUGGAUAAAGUUAGGGAGACAAGGGCUCUAGUAACGUGCCAGGCUGUACCCUCUGCUGUAGGUAUGUGUCUCAGCCCUUCAAGCCAACAGCUGAGAAAAAAGCAUGAUUCCCCUGCCACUGUCUUCUAAGACUUACAGCACUUUCACUAAAAUGGAAGAGUCCUGGUCACAUCAAUAAAGGACAACAUUGAGGUGUUAAAUGUCUCCUAUUCCAAUCUGUCAACCAUAGUCUCGUCAGUGGAGAAAAUAAAGCUGAAUCCACUCAUUCAUACACAGCCAUCUAGUUCCACCUGAAAUGCAAAGGUCCACAUGUAGUUAGUGCAAAUGUCAUAUGACUGAUUGAAAACUUCUGUUCCUUUGGAACAGUAGCAGGAAGCAGGGCAGAAUACCUCCAAGUCAUCUCACCUACAUGUGGGUGACUGAACAGAGACGGUGGCUGGCCAAGAGAACACCUCCACACUCUUGAUACCCAUGUGUCAAGACCUAAAUGUACGUAUGCUAAUCUGUGAACUACAUUCAACCCAAAAUAUCUAAUAAUAUCAACACUUCAUGGUGUCAUCCAUUCUGCUGGCAUCAGUGCUUGGAAAUACGCAAGUCUAUUACCCAGCCGUGCCAUGGCUGUACAGCAAGUAAAGCACUUUAGUCUCUUUCAACAAACACAAACAACUCUUGCAAAUCUUCAGACAGUUGUGUAGCCAUUCCCACAAGGAACCUCAGAGAACUAAGGAAGUGCUGUCAAUGCUGGUAAGUAUCUGGGUUUGGAAUGUCUCUUGUAGUUGUUCAUUUCAGGAUGAACAACUACAGACUUUUAUCUCAAUAUCAUUUUCAUCUCAUUAUCUUGUCAUUUCCUCCUUAGGCUGCCAGUCACACCUAACACUGUGUGCAUUGUGAAGGACUUCUGUUCACGGCAACAACAGAAUAUUGCUCCAGCCACUCAACAGAAUAGGACAACAGCGACCUCACUCAUCAGCAGAUGGAAUGCAAGCAAAAACAGAAAAGAUAAAAUCUUCUCUGAAGAAUGUGAAAAAAGAUACAGGAAAAUCAGAGAAACUUAAAUACAAGCCACUCACUGGGAAGGUGUUUUACCUUGAUAUUCCAUCAAAUGUGAUCUCUGAAAAAAUAGGGAAGGACCUCAAAGAGCUAGGAGGGAGAGUGGAGAGUUUUCUUAGUAAAGAUAUCAGCUAUCUGGUGUCUAAUAAAAAGGAGGCAAAAUUUGCACCAGUUCUUGGUCAGAUUUCUCCUGUUCCUAGCCCAGAAUUUGCCCAGAAUGGAGGACAUAGUUCACCUCAUCCUAGCAACCGAAAAGAUCGACAUGACGGAAGUUCAUUUAAGAUAGUAGAUACUGUACGUAUGAGCAGAGGAAAAUCUUUAGUUGAAAAAGCAAUGAAAGAGCAGGACUUAGUCCCCUCUGGCAGUAUACUAUCCAAUGCUUUGAGUUGGGGAGUGAAGGUACUUCAUAUUGAUGAUGUGAAGAACUACGUUGAGCAAAAGAAAAAGGAGCUCUACCUAAUUAAAAGAGCAGACAAUUCUUUUAAAGAUGGGGUAAAACAAGCUACUGCUCAAAGGUCAAGAAGUAAACUGAAAAAUCCAUUUCUUAAGGUGGAAGAUAGAAGUCGCCAAUACCGACCAUUUUAUCUGCAGUUUCCCAGUUUUCCACUUCUGAACUACUGUGUUCCAAAGCCAUACAGUCCAUUUGAGGUGGAUAAGAAAUAUCCUUCUGGUCAAAAGCAAACUCAGUCUAAGCAAAGUCCUUUGUUUGGACAUACAGAUGCAUACAUCCAAAAAUGCGGCCUUCUCCUAUCGCUGUGGGUCAGCAUAAGAUCUUUUUUCCUUUCUGCCACUGGUUUCUUCUUUGUCCUCAUCUUGGAUGCUGUCCAGAACAAAAUAAAUACUGACAAGGACUGUGGGACUCUUGUUCAACUCCCUCAGAAGGACAAAAAAAAGAGAGGAUAUUGUGAAUGUUGUGGGAAGAAAUAUGAAGAUCUGCAAGCACAUCUUGAAAGUGAACAGCACCGAAAUUUUGCACAAAGCACACAUUACCAAGUUGUGGAUGAUAUAAUCUCAAAGUUUAUUUGUGAAUUCAUUGAAUACAAGGAUGAUGCAAAGAAAAUAAAAAGGACAAAAUGCAGUACAGGACAUUUUUCUCCUAUUAUUGGAAAGAUAACUAGACCAGAGGAGCUGAACGAACGACUGAAAAAGCAACGCAUUUCAUUGAAAAGUUACUUGUGGAAGGAUACUGCAAUACGAGCACUCAAACUGGAUCGCCGGCCUGCUGAAGUACAACCGCAUUCUGUGCCAAUACCUACCCCUAUUUCUGGAUCUGUCUGCUCGGUUCUUUAUCAUCGACUGUCACAACCUUCAGAUCUAAAAAAUAAGUUCAGAAAUAACUAUGAAAAUAUUAAAACUGAUUGCUCCUGUGCUGAAAACUUAAGAGAGACUGAUCUAUCAUCAAAUUUCAUACAACCACUCCCUCAGAAAGAUGACAAAGCAUACACAGAGAACUUGUCUCAAGCUUUUGAGCCAUUUAAUAAAGAACUACUGGAACCAGAAGUAAAUAAAAAGAAUAUACAGUGUAUUCAGGAAGACAUAUCUACUUUAUAUGCUCGUACGCAACUUACAGAUUUUACUGAAAGAGACAAAGGCCUAUCCCAGCCAAAACGAAAAUUAAAUAAUGCAGUAGUUCUACCAGCAAAGUGUUUGAAAAACAAAGAUGCCAAUCCCACAUUUGUCAAGAAACGCGAUUUAUGUGAUAAUCAUCAACAGAUGCAGCAGAAUGUGGUUCUGGAGGCUGAGGUAUCUGAUACUGGUAUAAACAAAGAACUUAAUGAGUGGGCUGCCAGCACUGUGCACAGUUCACCGCCUGGGCAGCUUCACAGAAAAGUGAAGAUCUACUUGGGAAGGAAUAAAAGAGAAAACCGUAGACAGAGUAUAGAGUUAAGUGUAAAGCAUAGAGAUGGACUAUCUGUUCCUGAAGAGAAGAGAAGUUCUUGUAGCUCACCGGUGCAGGCCCUACUGGAAUUAUUUCAGACAAGUGAAAUAAACUCAGAAUUUGGAGGUUUUUCGGGUUACACUGAGAGCAAAGGUUCGACCAGCAUGAAAGAUAUCUGGGAAGGGCAGAAUGCAGAUAUUAUGCAGUCACUGUUUUCCUCUUCUUCCUCAUCCCCUUUUGUUGGAUUUUGAUGCUGUUUUAUUUAAUAUAAUGACAUCAAAUAAACUCAAAUUUAAGAUUUUAUUCAUGGAAACUUGAAUUGCUGUGGUAUAUGUACAGCUGGUUUGGUUUUCAAGGUUUUUAAUGCAAAAACUUAUGUAUAUGUAAAUAUGAAAAAUAAAAAUAAGGUGAUGUUUUGGGUUUUUUUCAUAAAAGGUAUUGCUUUAUCUUAGCUGGUAACAGGCUCUGACACCAGAAUUGGGUUACAUUGAUUGCUAGGCAACCAAUAAGCAUGGUGUAGCUGAAUUUAGGUAGAAUCAUUUUCUAAAGUCCUUGAUUAUGAUACAUUCUAAAUAACCACAUUAUAAAUAAUUGGGUAGUCCAUGGUAAAUGAGGCAGUCCUUUUCAUGUAGACUGCUGAUAUUUUGUUUAGAUGUGGCUGGGAGACUUUGCUGCUUCCCUUCCUGUUCCUUCUGCUGCUGUUUUAUUAGAGAAUACCAAAGGAAAAAAGUCACUUGCUCUCCUAAUAUUUCUUCUGCUGAAAUUCUCAGGGAACCUAUGUAAUCACAAAGAAAUAAGAUUAGGAAAGCAUUAUUUUUUGUCUGUGACAUAAUUUUUUGUUAGACUAAAACUGGCUGCGUUUUGUAUUUUAGCCAGUGGGAAAGCAGUAGGUGUAUACUUUAAUUUUUCUUUUAAAAAAAAAAAAAAACACCAGACACGACAGCAACAGGAUAGCAACAAUGAUGACGACAAAACAGCCAACUGGUUUCUGAUUGACUCAGGUAAUUUGUCUGAUUUUUCUUCCAGAAUAGCCAGCCUGUCUGACUAGCGUACUGGGAAGCAAAAGGCACAAGUGAGAAUUUGGAAGACUUCAGAUCUUUGGCAGAGCCAAUCUUGGAAUUUCCCUAUCUGUAAAUCAGUGCAAGGCAUGAGUAUAUAAUUACAGUGGAGGUAAUUGCAAAGGUUUCUUAAUAAAUGUAAGUGUCUUAAGGUCAUAUAAGAGAGAAACCAGCAGAAAUUACUCUUGUUAAUUUUUGCAUAGAUUACUUGUUUGCAUUUUUCUCUCUUGCCCAUUUAGUAUUCUCAAACCUAUUUUGUCAGUGUUUUUAUGGUUAAAGUACUUUCAGUGAUUGCAUUCUGUUUCCUGUCCUUUCUAGGGUGUUUUCGACAAGGUGGGGGGUAAAGCUUAGUGGGGAGGAAUGGGUGAGGAAAACCACAUAGAAAUACUUUCCUUUAAAGAGCAUGUGAGUUGGAGGCUUAAUGGUGAAAGUAGCUGCUUAGUGUGUUACUGUCACCUUGAAGGCAACAUUUCUUAUUCCAUAGCUCAGGUAAUUGCCUACACAGUCUGGGAAGAACUGCUUUUGGGCUCUUCAUCUUACUGGUCACUUCUGGUUUGAUUUAAAGUUUCUUCUCAUCUGGAUUCAUAUUAAGAAAACUAUGUGGAAAGCUAUUACAUAAAUGAGCACAAUUAACAUCUAAAAAAAGGAGUUUAUCUUGACUAUCUAUGUCUGUAUAUAUUUUGCCUGUAAUUUACCAAUAUAUAGUGAUUUAGGAUGGGUUUUUAAAGUGGAACACUGAAGCUAUUACUUUGUUCUUCAUUGUGAGUGACACUUUAAUGACAGAAUGAUUGUCAUCUGAUUCAAUGAAUGCAGUCAGUUUUAGGAACAAGUGUUUUUACAUUUUUCUUGAGAAUUUUGGUUGGUUGGUUGGUUUUCUUGGUACUUUUUUGCUUUUAAUUCAGUGAUAAAGUCUGAAAAACCUUACACUUUUACCCUAACACAUUGCAGUGAUCUGUCAGUAUCUCUUGUGGUGUCUCCCUCCUCACAUCCCUGAGACAUAUACUCUUUUUAGACUUAAAUGUUAAUGGCAGAGGUAUUCAGUGUUUCUAAAUCUGCUCAUCAGGUAACCUGUGUGUCUGUGUCCUGUAUGUUACAUCAUUAGCUGCAGUAUUAGAAUAUUUUAACUCGACAGGCACUGCGGAGAAACUAUUUAAACACACUGGAAUCUGGCUUUGGAAUCUUAAGGAGAAAAAAAUAAAACAGGUUCUUGUUAAAAUACAAAGACUACUCAUUGUAAUGCAGAACAAGAUAGGAGAGUCCUGCUCCUGAAUGCAAAAAGCAUGUUGCAGAUCUUGUGUACAUGUGACCGGUCCCAUUAGUGUGUGCCAGAAGUCCUCUCUCUGUGUAGUAUCUUCUGAUACCAUAACGAUCCACAGUAACCCUGUUAACUAUUUCUAAAACAGAUUUAUUCAGCACAUAGUGUGUGGUUUUCAUGCAUUUAUUGUCUUUCAAGCUUGGUUUAGCAUGAGAAGUGCAUUUCAUCUGUAAGUACAUCUUUGUGAUAAUUACAUAUUACAUAAUUACAGUUUGACCUUUUUCACAGGUAGAUGAAUUUAUUUUAAUGGACUUCAUUUUUUUAAUUGGCUUGCUUUAUGUGGAUUUGGGAAGCUAGUAUAGGUGGUUUCUAUAUUCUGUUCAAACCAGUUUUUAAUAUAUGAAUUGUUGCUUCCUUUUUGUGGUGGUUAGAGAAACUUGGAGCUGUAUUCCCAUGGUGUCUGCAGCGCACCUGUACACAGUUGGGAUCCAAAAUUUUAAUGAAGUACACAAAUCUUUACUGUUGAAAAAAAGGAAAAGCUUUCACACUAGUUUAGAACAGACACUACUUCAGUUUAAAUUCUGAUUAGAAAAAAAAAAUCCCCUAAACUUUUACAUUAUGAAAGUGCUUGUUUAAGUGAUUAUCCUGUGGCCCAGUGACCAUUGCUCUUUCUUUUUCAUAGGUGUAGCAGGCGCAUUUCUAGGGAUGCAGAAUAUUUUAGUAUAAUCUUUAGAAUGUUGAAAUAGAAGGUAUAUGCAUGCACACACGUGUACCAUUACUGAAGGCCUGUGCAGACACCAUACUGGUCUGGUACUUCACUGUGAGGAUGAGUUGCAACUGAUCUGUUCAGACCUACUUUGUUUUGUUACCAGGGAAGAGAGCAAAAUGAUUUUCAGUAAAGACUUCUAAAAUGGAAACCAUAACUACACAAUGCAAAGCUCUGAUGGUAGUAACAACAUCCAAAGAAGUACAAGUGUUAAAAUUUGCUUUUAGAAAUAAAGCAUUAGAAGUAGUGUUUUACUUUAAUUGUGCCUACGCCAAGUUUGGUUUGGUAUUUCUGCGGUAGAUGCCCAACCGCUGCACAUGACUUUGCUCCACAGUAUGUAUUUUAUCUGGAACAGAAAUGUUGGUUCUUUUCUGGUAACUAUAGUGUGGCAGAGGGAAUAGAGUUCCAAAGGUUGGGAAUACUUAUGUGUGGGUGUGUGCAUAUGCCUAUGGGUGUACAUACAGCUACUCAGAUGGGUAUAUGGUGAUAGUGGGGAUCAGUGACUCCAAAACCCCAUGUGUAUGAGGAAGUUCUGCCAUAACUUCUGAGUUUCGUGCACUCAGGUAAGCCCUGCACUCAGCAGCAGGAUUGUCGAGCCGUAAUAUCCUGCUCAACAUCCAACUACAGAACAUGUAACACAAAGCAGCAGGUAGGUGACUUAAAAAAAAAGCUGGCCUUCCCCUUGGAGUUGGGAGGAAGGUAGUUACAACCUGAGAAGCCUGAGCAUGUUAACAUCCAUCCUGUCGUUCAGGUGUUGCCAUUGUGCAUCAAGGUAGUCGAAUCCAUGUUCCACCUCGGGUUUGCGACAGAAGGGCGCAGUUAAGUUAUCCAUUCAUGCUGUCACUGUUCUGUGUUAUCUCCUGGCCUAUGUGACUGCAAGGCAUAUGACUCCUUCAAUACACCAGGGGGAAAGAGGGUGGCUGUGCUUUCAUCUUGCAGCCUGAAGGCUUGGCUCUGAAGGCCUCAGCAAAUAUAACUGGUGAUGGUGUCUGUGGAGGUCUUGUGGUGGUCUCUGAGUGCAGGAAUGAUGAAAAAAAUAGUAGCUGUUCUAGCUCAUGCAGUUACAGUAAGGUAUGUGGACAUGGGAUGAAAAUACGAAUCCCCUUGUAUUCCUGCAUUAGAGAAUCAUCAUGGGCUGUAUGGUGCACGUGACCUCUGGACCACUGGCUGAUACGCACCAAGGGCUGGUAAAGGUUGCCCAUGCUGGGCUUCUUGAUCAAGCUCAUAGUUGAUACCACUGAUUCCUGUAGCAGACUGAAGAGAAGUGCAAACUGAGUUCAUUAACCAGAUUAACAUCU